CCCAGGCCGCUCAGGGCGUGUUGCUGUCUGCUCUCCUUGUCAGGCGGGGGCCAGCCAAAACAGUCGUCUUUUCAACUUUCGGCAGACUAAUGUUUAAUCUAUAGUAAAUAUGGAUUUCGACGCUUUAUUUAACGAAAAGACAUUUCAGUUCUCGGACUUCCAGGAGUUCACGUUUCUUCCUGGACACCAGCGGUUGACUGAACGAGUGAGAAAGCGACUGUAUUAUGGCCUGGACAAAGACGUUUCUUUAGAUGCCCUCUCUUGCCCUGUUACAGAUAUUGCCGUCGAAAUCUUCCAGAAGUCUGCCCCAAGCCCAAUACGAAAGCUUCACAAGAAAUAUGCUGCUCACGUUGCCAGGGAGGCUUGCAUCUCUCCGUGUGCCAUGAUGCUGGCUCUCGUUUACAUAGAAAGGCUCCGACAUAGAAACCCUGAAUACCUACAAAAGAUCUCCUCCUCUGACCUCUUCCUGAUCUCCAUGAUGGUUGCCAGCAAGUACCUGUAUGACGAAGGAGAGGAAGAAGAGGUUUUCAACGAUGAGUGGGGAGCAGCCGGGAAGUUGGAUGUCAAAACUGUGAAUAACCUGGAGAUGAACUUCUUGAACGCCAUUGAGUGGAGCCUCUUCACAGAGCCAAAUGACUUUUUUGAUAUACUAAGUCAACUAGAAACCAGCAUUGCAGAGCGGCAGGGGAUGAAACGCGGCUGGUUCAGCUACACUGACCUCUGUGUGCUACUGGAGCAAUCAGCGUGGAAUCAAGCCCUCACCGCCAUCUACCAGCACUUUACCAAGGUAACCUGUAUGCUCGGCCUGGUCUACCUGACCAGUGUGGCUGGCCUUAUUGCAACCAGCGCUGUGCUGCACCAGCUCAGUCUCUCCAGAAGCGGCCAGCCCCUGCUCACACCUCCAGCCGAGAUCAGCCCGGACCUUCAGACCUCCACCCUAAACGCAGAAGCUCCUUCUGCAGCCCAGCCUGUCCCCUGUUGUGUUCUGGCCAACAAGAGUCUGAACCGUCAGACCACUGCACUUGAAAUCAACCAGGACCAUGGACAAAACCCCCCAUCGGCCUCCUCACAGAGAUCUGUGUUGUGUCUCUGGGGCUCCCUCCUCGCCUCCAUGGGCCACAUACACCCUGAAACUGAUUCUGAUGUGGAAGCUCCCCAAACCUGGUCUCCUGUCUCCUUCAUCUGUCCUGGCUGUCUUGCGUCUCUCCCUCCUCUUCAGUGCGGGCUAAAGAACAACUCAACACUCUUCACUCACGGUCCCCUUGAUAACCAUCAACGGCACGCACCAUGGCUGGCCUCCAGCUUCUUUGGAGGGGCCGAACCAAGUCUGAACUCUCGCCUGGGGGUGUUUCCCCCUGUACAGCUGGGACCCUGCCACCCAGAGGCCAUGUUACCUGUGGACAAAGCUCAAGCUCUGCUCAUGCCCGGCUAGUGACUCGUAUACAGUCACCUGUGGUUAUGGACUCUGGAAAUAAAACCAGCAUUAGCUUCAUGACUCAUCAUCUGCUUCAAGUCAUGUUUUUGUUUACUUUUCCAGGGUAUAGGUGAGAGUAAUUAGGCACAGACAGUUUGAGAGUUUGAAAUCCACUUACAACGCAGCACUGCAGAAUACAUUUGCCAUAAGUAAAAUGCCAUAGUGUUCAGUUAAUGCUCUGCAACUUGUUUUAAAUGCAGAUAGUAUCAUAAGGAAUUUGAAGAUAGUUUGAUAUGUUUUCUUGGCUGCAACCAAAAUGUUUUGCUCCUAUGUUUAUCAAGUCCAGACCUGUCCGAUUGGGGUGUAGGGCCUUUGUGAUGAGUGUGUUUUGAGUUAUUAUAUUACAGCUAUAAUAUGGAAGCGGUUUGCUACUUGGCACGUUGACGAAAGUGUGUGGAGGUUUCACAGCAUAUCUAAAAAUGAGGGUUUGACAGUAUGUUUUGUUUAUGGCGGGGAUCUGUGAGAAGAAGGGACUAAACCAGUUUACUUUGUCUACGUCAUUUUGGCUCAACCAUAUUUGCUUAGUGUCACCAUGUAUUUUUCAUUAAUGCAUAAGGAGCUUUACAUCAGACAGCGGUCAUAUACAUUCAGCAAGCACUGAUUUUGUACACCUUGUAGUUUUUGUUACUGUUACAGUCUCCUGUCCUCUAGAACAUCUUUACCUUUUUAUUGAGGACAAACACAAUGCAAACACAGUCUCCAUACCUCAGUGUAACUUCUUAUUCUGGUCGGUUAUAGCUGAAAAACGCAACCUCACUUUCUUUAUAUCACCAAUAUUCACCUUAUUUUAUGUGGCAACACAUAACCUUAAAGCCACUUACGUAACAGUUUAAUGUUGAGCCAAAUUUAAGAGAUUUAUCCCCGUUCUCUAAAGGGAAGGAGGUCUAUAUAAAAACAAUGGGUUUCUGGCAUUUAAUGCAAUUUCUCAUUGGUUUCCUGUUGGUGUUUUGAAGUGAACAUUUUGAAUAUAACAUGUUACAGACUUAGAGCGGUGUUACUUUGUUGAUGCUGUCUGGAAUUUGCACAUCUGGCUCCGUUUUCACUGCAACAGGACCUUUCACUCCAUUAUUACAUUACAGCAACACAAGAGGAAAUGUAAAAAGACAAAAGGAUCCUUUUUAUGUACAAAGUUAUACAGGAUGGUCCCCAGGACUUUUACUUUGUAAUUUGACACAUUGCUCUGAGCAUCUGAGUUUGAUACAGCACGAAGUCCUUUACUUUUGUACAUGGUGUAAAAUGCAAAUAUUGUACAAAUCUGUAGAAAAAAACAAGAAAUAAUAAAGGAUGCAUUUCUUUGA